AUGGAUCAUGAUUCAUAUUAUUAUGCUUCAUUAUAUCAAGAUGAGGAUGAUGAAGAUUUUGAUUAUGGUGAAAAUAAAAAUGAAGAAAUGAGUGAAGAUGCUUUGCUGAUUUCUUUAGUGCGUGACCAUCCUUAUUUAUACAAUAAGGAACUGACAGAUUUUAAAGAUACCAUUAAGAAACAGAAUGCUUGGGUAGAAAUUGCAAGUAUCAUGAACAUGACAGUGGAAGAGUGUCAAACCAGAUGGAUCCGACUGAGGGAGCGCUAUUCACGUGAAAAAAAGCAACAACAAGAAGAAACAACCACUGGAAGUGGAGUAUCAAAAAGAAAAACGUUUGAAUUUUUCGAUAAUAUGCAAUUCUUGGAACGAUUUGUUAAAAGGAGAAGAACAUUGACCAACAUGCCAAACAAAAACGUUCCUCCAGGGACAGGAUUUUCCAAUCUACAAAAAAAUUUUAACUCGCAUAACGAAAAAGAGAAUAAUGCAUCUUCCAUAAACGUGGCUACUUCAAGUCAACAAUCAUCAAAAAAAAGCAUCAUAAGUUUAACAAGUAAUACCGUGCAGCAUGUAGAUAAAGCCGUCUUAACUUCGAGUGUGCAUUUAAAUUUUUCUGAUAGCUCUUCCACGUCUGCAACAAAUGUCUCUAGCUGUAUGCAAGACAAAAGUUUUAUUACACAACAAAAAAAGACGAAAGAAAAGCCAGAUGUUCUAGAAAGUGCCAUUGGCAAAGUUAUCUCUUUAUUAGAGAACAGAUGUGCACUAGUUUCUUCAUCGCCAUCAUUUGUAAAGCCGGAAAUAGAAGAAGAUUUGGCUUUUGGUCAAUUAGUAUUUUCAUCAUUUGUUAAUAUGCCCCAAGAAACAAAGGCAGACAAAAGGAUAGCAAUAAUGCAUAUUUUAUACAACAAGUAA